AUGGCGUCCGACUCUAUGCCACCAGACUUCUACGUCAAAGCCCUUCAAUUCACAAAGAAGGUCUACAGAGAUGAAUACCCAGCCAUCAAACCAGAGAACCCCGAGCUCUCCCUCGCCGGUAAGGUUGUUGUAAUCACCGGCGCGAGCCGUGGUAUCGGUGGUAGAGGAAUUGUGCCAGCGUUUGCUAGAGCCGGAGCAAAGGCUAUCGUUCUCGUGGCCCGGGACGAGAAGAAGCUUACCGCCGUCGCGGCAGAGGUCAAGGAGCUUAAUGCCAAUGUCGAAACACUCGUCUACCCCGUCGACAUGACAGACGAAGCCGGCGUCAAGGUCCUCUUCGAGAAAAUCAACGCGACGUACGGCCACGCAGACGUCCUGGUCAACAACGCCGCCGUGCAGAAAUCUCUCGAGCUCAUCACAAACAGCGACCCGAAACUCUGGAUGGAAGACUUGACCACCAACAUCAGCGGAACCUUCUACCCAACCUUCCACUUCCUCAAAUCCCUCCCCUCAACCAGCCACGCCCACAUCAUCAACAUCACCACGAUAACCCACUGGGUCGUGCCCACCAUGAGCUCCUACAUCAUCGCCAAGCUCGCGACGCAGCAGCUCAACGCCCACGUCGCCGCCGAGCACCCGGACAACAUCACCACCGUCUCGGUGCACCCGGGUAUGGUCCACACCGACAUGACCAUGGACCGGUUCCGUCCCUUUGCGCACGACACCCCCGCGCUCGUCGGCGGAACGGCCGUCUGGCUUUGUUCGGAGAACGCGCGGUUCCUGAAUGGGAGGUUUGUCGCUACAAAUUGGGACGUCGAGGAGUUGGUGGAGCGGAAGGGGGAGAUUGAGGAGAAGAGGUUGCUGCAGGUUGAUUUGACUGGGCAGUUUGGGGCGCAACAGUUUGAGUAA